AUGCCCAGCGGAAGUCACCGUCGCACUUCGUCGGUGCACACUUCUUCUUCCCAUCGGAGCAUCAUUGAAGCACGUGGCGUGCCAGAGUUUGAUCGUGAGUAUGCGCGUCAAUUGAGCAUAGCCAAGCGCGGCCGCAACGAUAGCGUGAGGAAGUCCCAGCCCUCCGCCCCGGUGCCAGAGUCGCUUCCAGAGAAUCAGCUAUACGACUCGGCAGCCCUGGCGGCCUCUCGCAUUAAAGACUACGUAGUGACGCACGUUACACCGCCUCGCAUUCCGCACUUGAGCAGCAGCAGUCGCACUAGCGAGCACGGAGCCAAAUCAAUCGGCUCAUCCGAGGCGGAGAUGGCGCGCGAGCACACGUCGCCGGUUCUUCCAGCCCCGACCACGGGUGAGGAGGUGGAAGGGUGUUCAGUGUCGUUGCCUUUCACGUCUACGCGUCGCGGCAGCUCCUUCGAUGACACGGAGGCCCCCAUGGCAGCAGCGAUAAACGAAGGCGAGAAUUUAUUGCUUUUCUUAGCCAAACAGACGCUUGUCAUCGGUGCCGUGUUUUUUGCCGUACUCUGCGCUGCUGCCUUUGUCGUGUCGUCAUCAGCCGACUACAACCCAUCAUACUUCACGUUCACCGGGGCCUCAUUGACGCCGCAGCCGCGGAUGCGCGACGCAGCCCUCGCCAGACGGGGGUGGCUCAACCGACUUGUGCCUGAGUUUCCCCGUCAGGCGGCGCUGCAUACACGUCGAGCACUGUGGCACGCGCUCAGCUGCAUUGGUGUUCCAGGCGUAUUCCGCUCCAUUGCCUCGAUGUUAGUAGUCCCUAAGGCGUACAUUUGGGAUCCCGCGCAGGCGAUGCUGCCGCGCAUGGAUCAGCGGGUACAUCCAGCGCUUCGGUACAUCUUCUCGAAUGUGAAAGAGAGCGGCGAGGAGUGGGGCCUCGCCACCGUUACCACUCUCGCUGCGUCGGUGGCGCGUUCCCUGGUGCAGCUCGUCGUCGAGCCUCUGGUCAUUGUCAGCCGAACCAUGCAGGCUCUGUAUAGGUGGGUUGGUGGACCUACAGCCUUCUCUGCCAUACUGAAGCCACUGCAUGUGACCUCUGGCAACACGUCGUCUGCUGUGGCUGCGGCGAAGGCGAACUGCAUCCCCAUCCCCACGCGCGCCGCAUCGACGGCGUUGCUCUCGUUGUGGAGACCGCUGCACUCGCUCUGGGGAGUGUUCAUGUCUGCUGCCUCCUCUCUCACUGACACAUCGGCGCCGCGCAACGAACCCACCUUGACAGCGAGAAUAACGAACGCGCCGACACCUCUUGAUAGAUCCACACCCUCUCCCAUGAUCGAGAAGACACUGCCGAGCACGUUGGUAGACGUGACCCCACCUGUCGUUGCUGUUCAUGUGGAAGUGCAAACAGCGCACACACACCGCUUAGAAGGCGCGCUUUGGCCGUCAUUUCUGGAUACGCACCGUCACGAGAUGGAGAGCUUGGCAAGGGAUGAUGUGUGGGAGCUGCUACGAGGUGACGGCGACGCAACGCGGGAAGUCGAGGUGGCGCUGCGCGCUGGCAGCCUCGUGAUGGACAUAGCCAUAGUGUCACAAACGACUGUGUGGAACUCUCUGCAGGCGGCAGGCGGCGACAUAGAGAAAGCGACGGGGGAUCCGGAGACAAGGCGUCGUGCUCGGAGGGCUGCCAUAGAUGCUCAGCUGCAGCAGUGGCAUUUUCCUCGCCUGCGGGCCUUUUACAACCGCACCGAGUCAAGCGCUGAGGCCCAGAGGGCGUGUUCAGCAAGCGCUACCACCGCCGCUGCCGCGUGCGAGGGCCGUCUGACGGAGUGCCAGCAACAGAGCGUGUCGAUCCGGCGUGAGGUGGAGCGCGAGCUUCACAGUUGCAUGAGCAACGCGAGAAAGUUGAAGCAGUCGUGCGCGGCUUCGAGUGAGGAAGUGGCUAAGGAGAUGAGCGCGCAGCUUCGCAAGCGCAGUGAUGAGCUCACUAAUUGUCUUGCGAGUCUGUCACAGUCCACGGCUGAUCUCGCCGAGCAGGAGAGGCGUGCGGGGCUGCUCGAGCAAGAGAGUCAUAAGUCCCAGGUGGCGCUCGCAGCUGCUCGACAGGCGGUCGCCGGUGCUGCCAUUGUUUCUGCUGGGAGUCUCAGUAACCCUGAGGCGGUGCAGCAGCAGUGCACCGCGAGCUUGGCGACUGCCGUGAAAGAGUGCGAGCAACGUGUGCAUGACACCCGCUGCUCAUCAGACGCCGAGCAUGCAAGGCAGUUGGCCUUUCUCAAGGAGGAAUGCGCCAAUCAACGCAGCGCGAUGGAGAAGGCGCUGAUGGAGAAGGCCAAGUUAGCGGUGCUUCAGGCAGAGGCGGAGUGCAGCGAGCAGCUGAACAAGAAGGUGGCUGCAUUCAACAAAAGUGCUGCUAGUGCUCUUGUGCAUCACCAAGAGGCACUUGCAGCCGCCAAGGCAGAAGCUGAGAAGCGCGUGGCUGCCUGUGCAGAUGCUGCCGAGCAGGCCCGAGUCUCCUUCAGUGCCGAACAAGCGCAGUUGAAUGCCUCCUGCGCGGCACAGCUGCUGAGCAUUCGGCUGCAGUGUGAAACAGCGGAGCGCUGCGCCGCAAAACUCGCAACGCUAGGCGAGGAUGCGCGCCGCGCAAGCAUUGCUGCGGUGCAGAAGGCCGAGGCGGCAUGCAUGGUGCGCCUUUCCAGGGAUUUAUCCACGCUCAACAGCAGCGCGACGACGGCAAAGUGGCAACUGCAGCAGGAGCUGAAGGCAGCCAGGGGAGAGGCCCUGCGAGGCGCUACCGAGUGCGAGAAGUCAAAGCGGCAAACUGAGGCGGAGUGCGGCAUGGCGCAAAAGCGCUUGCGCGAGGAGUGCGAUGCGCAACUUCGCAAGGCGCGCAAGAGCAGCACCGCGGUGGCCCAACAGGCACGGGCCGAAGAACGUGAAGCACAGCAGCAUAUUUUAGCGAACCGCUGGAGGCUUGAGGUGGAGCGAAUAACAGCGCAGUGUGCGACUACCACUCAAGCAGCUGUCAAUGAGGCUUCCCAGCUGCUGACGGAGAAGCAUGCAAAGGCGCAGGAGGAGGCCGUGAUUGAGGAGCGGCGACGCAUAGCGACGCGGCUCCUUGAAAAUGAAAAGGUGUGCCGAAUACAAAGUGAGGCGGUGUUGAAGCUCCACCAGGGGCAACUACGUGAUCUUGACGGUCGACUGGCCAUCUGCACGGCGCAAUUCCAAGCAGCCGAGGAGGCCCACCAACAAGCGGUGCAGAGGGAGCGGCAGACAUUUCACACCGCGGUGGCUGACAGUGCAAAAGAAGCGUGUUUGGUGGUGACGCAGCGCGAUGUGAAUGCCUGUGCCGACGUGCGUAUGGCUGUCGAGGAGGAGCUGCACAGGUUGCCGGUCAAUGCGAGCAUCACUGACGCCUUCACACGGAUGCUCAAGAGCACCGUUGAGCCAGGGGGACUCACGUGGAAGUUCAGCGGGGCAUCCGUGCAUGCACUAAAGGGCGGCAAGAUUGCAGCCGCUAGUGGGCGUCAGGCGCGCUUCCUCCCGUCUCUCCGCGUGUUAGGCAUGCUUUUCGGAGCGGUAGCCUUUGCCUACGUUCUGGCGAAGUGCCCUCUGGGCUGCAGCUUGUCCGAUGUCAUCAUUGCUUGCCUGGCCGCGCUCCGAGCAGCAAACGAGGCUACGAUGCCGCUACGCCUACCAACGCUGAGGUCGCGGUUGAGGAGGUGUCGUUCUAGGCACUGCGGGGGUUUGCGCGCAGAUGGCGAGGCACCUCUGACGUGGGAUGUAGUGGGGGCUUGCAUGGCGAACAGCUCGGAGGCCCUUCUUGCUUGGCACUCUGCUUGCUGCACCAUUCUAUUAAAGCAGGAGACGCACGAUCUAAGAGGGAGACAGCACCAAGCGAACGGGUGCCAGACCACGCCGGCGACGGAUGCGCUCACCCCACUCUCCGAGAGGGAGCUGGACGGCGCGCAGGCCCUAUCCGCCUCCCACAGCGCUCCUGGCGUGAGUCUCGUCUCGGCCCCCACCUUCCCCAUCACGCACGAGGACGCCGGGUGGUUGUCGCAGCUGCAUGUCACUUUUGUCAAUGGUUACUACCACAUGUUGGAGAUGUACUACGUGGAUUUACUCAGCUCUGUGGCGAACCGUGAAUUGGCGGAGAGUCAACUGCAGGAGGUGGAGUCUGUGGCGACUCGACAGGCUAUAGAGCUGCAGAAGCAGUCAGCGGUAGUGGAGCAGCUCAAGGAGUCUCUCGCGGAUAAGGAAAGGCUCCCGAACACCUCAGUCAUCGAGGACAGCCUAGUCAAGGCUGAACGACGCGCUGCAGCGCAGGAAGAAACGAUCGCCCUCCUCGAGAAGCAGCUGAAAGCUUGCAGAGACGAGCUCGACAGGGCCCGUGGUGUGGUACACACGCCAGUGCCGUCUCUGUGCAUCACGGUUGAAGAUGCAGUGGUGACCGGACCGGAGAGCUCGGCGUCGCAACAGGUGCAUUCCCUGCAGGAGUUAGCUGACGGUAGCGCGGACGGCGACUCCAUCAACGCCUCCAACUUCUCUAACCUGGAGAGCGGACUGGUCCCACACCGUGAUGCUACGCCGCCGCUUCCGGUGAGUUCGCUGGGAAACCCAGUCUUUCCGUCUGCCACUAAGAAAUCAACGAUGGUGCGCAAUCCCGACUCCACGCGGCGCUACCACAGGUUGAGGUGGGACGAUGAUGUGGACCUGAUGUGA